CCGGCGCUGCGGCGCCUUUAAAGCCUCUGGGCGCUCGCCCCGCCCCGGGUCCGCCCCGUCCGAGGCGGGAGCCGCUGAAAACCCCCGGCCCGGCCCGGGCGCGCCACUCGGCCCGCAGCCCCCGCCCAGAGUGCGCCGUGCCGGCCCGCCAACGCUCCCACAGCCACCGCUGCCCUUUGGAAUGGCCAACAGGGGACCUGCCUACGGCCUGAGCCGGGAGGUGCAGCAGAAGAUUGAGAAACAGUAUGACGCAGACCUGGAGCAGAUCCUGAUCCAGUGGAUCACCAGCCAGUGCCGCAAGGAUGUGGGCCGGCCCCAGCCUGGGCGCGAGAACUUCCAGAACUGGCUCAAGGAUGGCACGGUGCUGUGUGAGCUCAUCAACGGGCUGUACCCCGAGGGGCAGGCCCCCGUGAAGAAGAUCCAGGCCUCCACCAUGGCCUUCAAGCAGAUGGAGCAGAUCUCUCAGUUCUUACAGGCGGCCGAACGCUAUGGCAUCAACACCACCGACAUCUUCCAGACUGUGGACCUCUGGGAAGGAAAGAACAUGGCGUGUGUGCAGCGGACGCUGAUGAACCUGGGUGGGCUGGCGGUAGCCCGGGAUGAUGGGCUUUUCUCUGGAGAUCCCAACUGGUUUCCUAAGAAAUCCAAGGAGAACCCUCGCAACUUCUCGGACAACCAGCUACAAGAGGGCAAGAACGUGAUCGGGCUACAGAUGGGUACCAACCGCGGGGCGUCCCAGGCAGGCAUGACCGGCUACGGGAUGCCCCGCCAGAUCCUCUGAUCCCACCGCGCCCUGCCCCGCCCUCCCACGGAUGGUUAAUAUAUAUGUAUAUUUCAGCAGUGACAUUCCCCGAGAGCCCCUGGGGCUCGCAGACUCCCCUCUGCCAGGGCGGGGGCCUGGCCUGCCUCCUCUGGGGGGGCACCCGACGGCGGGCUCUCCCCCUGGGCUUACUAAUACAUUCCCUUCCUCAAACCCACCCAAACUGGACCAACCACAACUGGCCUCUUUUCUCCUGGGACCAAAAUUUGGGGGCCUCGCCACCCCCCAGCCGCAUACCUCUUCACGUGCCCUUUGGCUUCUCUCCCCACGACCCCUGAGCUCCGUGCCCUGAAUCCAUUCCUUGGCCGGGGGUCAGGGACGCCGCCUUCCGGCCUUCCUUCCGCAAGCAUGCCUCGCCCCCAGCUGUGGCUGCAGGGACCUAAUUUAUAGGGAGAGGCCUGUGGCGGCCGCCUCCCCAGCCUCCCCAGCCACAGCCGGGCUGCACUCACCACACAUCAAGGCAGCUGGCCCCUGGCAGGGGUCCUCUUGGCUUCCCAUUUUCCAUUCCCCUUGCUGUGGCUAGGGCUUGAAAAACCUGAGUUUGCUGAUUUAAAUAAAUAUCUCUGCCUUUUUUUGGA